AUGACCCCUCUGGACAAUAGCGAUGGCACGAACGGCCGCGAUGCCCCCUACUACUGCCUCGAUGUGAAGGACGGCAGCUACGGGAACGGGACCCCGAUCCAGCUGUACGUUUGCUACAAUGACAACGAGAACCAGAAAUGGUUCGUGGACCGCACCUUCGCCACAGACGUAGGAGCCAUCAGCCCCUGGGCGCACCACGAGCUCUGCCUCGACGCCGGCACCAACCCGGGAGACGGGAGCAAGGUCAAGAUCUGGCAGUGCUACGAUGGGCUCCCUCAGCAGACUUGGAGGCGCGUGUCGGUCUACGGGGUUGGCUACAGCCUCAAGAUCAAGGGUACCAGUGAGUGGCGGCGGCGGCGGCGGCGAAGGGCCAUGACCAAGCUGACUGAUCCUUUAGACCUCUGCCUCGACGCCACCAAUGGAGGUUUCUACAACGGUAACCAGCUCCAGGUGUGGACCUGUGGCAUUGGGAACCGCAACCAGCUCUUCGACUACAGGAUCCGCCCGCACUCCAACCUCAACUUCUGUGUCGACGCCGGCUCGAACCCGCGCGACGGGAGCAAGGUCCACAUCUGGCAGUGCUACCCGGGCCUGCUCCAGCAGACGUGGUACAACGAGUUUGUGCCCACCAGCAACUUUGGCUACACGCGGUACAGGCUCAAUGGGACCAACCUUUGCCUCGAUGUCACCGACGGUAACUUUGCCAAUGGCCAGCAGCUCCAGGUGUGGUCAAGUUCGGCCGAAUCGUGUACGAGUAUCUCCGCCAACGCCCAGGCUGACCCCGGAGACCCGCCUCGCAUCCCGUACCAGUUCCGCGCGGACGCGGCCGGCACGAAGCCGCCUCACCCGGGAUACUGCCUCGACCUCAAGGACGGCGUCCAGGCCAACGGCACCCCGGUGCAGCUGUGGCAGUGCUCCACGGGGAACAGGAACCAGCUCUGGGACCACCAGUACGACCUGUACACUAUCCGCCCGUACGGCCGCCCCGACCUCUGCCUCGACGCCGGCACGAACCCGCAAGACGGGAGCAAGGUCAAGGUAUGGCAGUGCUACCCCGGCCUGCUGCAGCAGAGCUGGGAGUGGUUCGGGUCCAGGCAGGGCUUUGGGCGCAAGCUCAACGGCACCAACCUCUGCCUCGACGUCACGGACGGCAACUUUGCCAACGGCACGCCGCUGCAGGUGUGGAAGUGCUACACGGGCAGCAAGAACCAGUGGAUCCAGUCCCACCCCGUGCCUGUCCCAUACUGA